AUGCCUACGCAGAGCACUCGCAUCCAGCGGGCUGCUCCCGCUAAGGCGAGCCGCCUGUUUUGUAUGCACUGUCCUAGAACGGUGAACACCCAUUUCGACCCCGGUGAAGGCGUUGCCUUCGAUAUUGGUUGUUAUCAUGACGCCCGCGCUUCUGUGCUGUGUCGGCUUUGUUCCGACAAGAAUAAGACAUGCACUCCGGCCUGUACUGGUAUGCUUGGAAACGCCUUCGAUCUCGCCGCUAUUCUGAAGUGGCAGCAGGACAUUAUUGAAAGCGAUAUCUGGAACGGGGACGUUAAGCGCACGAUUCUCAAGGAGACCCAUGAUCUCGCGAUUGCAUUCGAUUGUGCGGAAUCUGCCCAUGCCCGUGAGCAUGGAUUGAAAGGCACCCGCAAGGCCGUUCGUUCGAAUCAUCACCUGGGCGUGCCCUUCGAAGUGCACGGAUAUAUGGCCAGUGGCCUGUUCGGUCAUUCUAUUGGUUUUUAGUCCCUCUUUGGACUGUCUAU